CCUAAGCCUUAAGAAGUAGCCGGUUUUUAUUUUUUGAAAGAGUGUCACCUUGAAGUCAAUGGGCUUCUUUAUAUUAAGGUAAUAUAUUUGAUAUAAUAUGACGGGAGUGUCACACUAACGGCCAGUGGCUGCCUGGCCGCGGGGUCAGCAAGAAAGAGAACAUAUUAUAUUCUCCGACAGGAAAAUGUAAUUAUCUUGUCUACCUAUCCAUGGUUUCUUCUAUAUGUGAGAAAGGGAAAGGUUAUUAAACUAAGUUGCCAUGUCUUAGUGGCAUCUAAGAUGGCACAACCCAAGUCACAGUACCAUCACUAUAUCCCACGCUUCAUUCUGAAGCAGUUUGCUUUCGAUACUUUCGAAAACUUCAAUAAAUCUGGGAAGAAGCAGGAGAACUUUCUGCUUCAUGUUAUGAAUUCCGACCACCAGUUCCAAAUAGAAGAUGUCAGCAAAACUUGUGGCAAGAUCGACCUCUAUAUGAACUGCCAUGAACCUGAUCCUAUGCGCGUGGAGAAGUUAUUCGGCGACCUAGAGUCCAGAGCAAGCUCCGUUUUAGCCAAGAUUCGAGAAGCCGUUUCUCAAAAUCUGGACACCAUCGAAAUAUUCCAAAAUCACGUAAAUAUCCUGUUCAAAUUCAUGUAUGUUUCGAUUGUGCGCGUCUUAAGCCUUGCAGACCAAUUUGGCAACCCAUUGCGCGAUAAUGACUUUGCCUUCCAACGAGAAUUCGAAACUGCGGAGAAGGACGGCUUGUCGACUGAUCCUCAUCAGGUCUGGUUAAGGAAACUGGUAUACAUACUUGAAAGGUCUCACGAAGAGCUCCUCAGCGACUCUAAAGAGGACGAUCCUAGAAAGGAGGCACAGAGUUAUGCGUUCUUCUUUGAAAAAUUCGCGCUGCAAAUAUGGAGGGCAGCAACCGGCCACGAAUUCUUUCUCAACGAGCGUUUCGUCGAUUUCGAAGGCGAUACCCAGUCCCGAUUAUGUGUCGAGUCGAAGGAAACCGGGCCAGAAUUGGUGUACAUGACGACAGAGGACCCUAUCCACAUAAUGCUGCCCGUCAGCCCGGAGGUCGCUGUCAUUUUCUGUAACGAGGCCCGGUGCUGGGAUUCCCCCGUUGCCGAAAUCAUGCACCGAGCUGGCAUUCCGUUUCCCGAAAAUAGUCUUCUUCAAGACGCGCCGCAUAAAGAUAUCACCUUGAAGGAUAUACCUAAACAUAAAAAGGGGAAGAAGAGCUGGCCGGCAACUACGAUGUGGCGGGUCAAUAUCGGACAACUUACAGAAAAGAAUCAACGUGUUAUUUCUUCGUAUUCGCUAGGCCAUGCCCGCUCCUUUAUCACUGUUAGAAGAAGAUCGCGGCUGGAAAGAGCUAAGAAGGACUUUGAAAGUUUUAACAAGGAGAAACUCGAUUACUGGAAGAGGACCGGUUUCCGGCUUGAGAAUCUACCUAGAGAUAUUGGAUCUGGAGGAUUGCGAAUUGGAUCAGAAGGAGAGGGAAUCACUGGACGUUGCUGGGAAGACCUCGAAGAACUAUUAACUGUCAUGAUACCCUCGUCACGGCCGUUGCAGCGUGAUAAAACCAACACUAUCAAAUGCUGGAACGCGGUCCGCGCCCUUCAGGCCCUACAAUGCAAUGAGGAGGCCCGUCUGCUCGAAACUGAAGUCAUCUUUAGGUCUACAAUAACGGAGAUCAUUCGAGCAUUCGAGAGUGCAUAUCCUCCCAAACCCAAAAGUCACCGACCCCUGAUCAGCAUCGACUUCGCCCACCUCAUCACCAACGCAAUGGGGGAGAAUACCUUUGCACGCCUGUCCGCUGAUAUCGACGACAAGAUUCGGGAAUCGAUCGGCACUGAUUACCCUGGAAGGGAUUCCAUCGCCCUCAAGAACCUGGAAGCUCGCCUUCCGGAUAUCGCCCAUGGCAUAAAGUGGGAAAAUAUACUAGUACCGAGUCCUAACUUCGUAUGGGCGUAUCGAGCAGCUGUUGGGUUUGAGAUUCUGAAGUGGAUGUUCGAGGAGAGACAAGACAUCUUGGCGACUUUCAUCCAGAAGUUGUCCGUUCCCUUGGAGUCUAUGCAACCGAAGGUGAUUCGGAUACGAGCCCGACGAGGGUGAUUUAUUUUUGGACACUAGGAAAUGCUGCUCUACUGCUGCUUUUUAUAUUAAUAGAGCUAUGCUAGCAAUUUGUGGCUUUUGCUCGUAGAUCAACA